GCCGCCAACCCCGCCCACUAAUGGCUGUCAAGUGUACCUUAUAAACAUCAACUGAUGGAUAUUUUGAAUUUAAUUAUUCCAUACUGUUAAAUUAGUAUUGUUUAUCCAUCCUUUAUAGUUAUUUUAUUUCUUUGUUUUAAUAUUAAAAUAUUAUAAACCGUUCCGAAGAACAUGCUGUGUAAUUGUAACUAAAAAAAUAUAAUAUAUAACACGGAAUUUUUUUAAGUAUUUAUUUGUGUAAGUCAGCUAGCUCUGCUUCAGUUUUAAAAUGAUUUUACUUAAAGCUCGAUAAAUAUGACGCAGACAAUUAUGUUGAUACAAUAUUAUUUAUUUUUAAAAGUAUGAUAAAUUCGCUCGCUAUUUAAGUCGCGAAUAUAAAAUAUUUUUUCGGAAAGUGUUUGCUGUGGCUGAGCUCGAUGCAUUUCUGGAUCGACAAACGAAGCCAGUGCGCCUAUAGCGGCCGCCACCGUGUUCCAUCCUCAUUAUCGGCUGGUGUGGGUCGUUCCCGUGGGCGAGUCUGUGCAGCGACGGGAAGAAAGGGGAUGGCGGCGCCGGUGCACCGGUUCGCGCCCGUGGAGUGUGCACCGCGCCGCCCGAGACCUCUCAGACACUAUGGGCCUCCUCCGAUGCCGGCUGUUCAUUCCUCGAGGCGUCACAAUGAGGACGCCAGCCUGUACGUGGAGAUACCGCCGGAGCCUCCUCAGCCUACCAUCGCCAGCCUGGCAGCCGCUCGAAGCGUCACCCCGGACACUCUGCUCCGGACCGCAGCCCUAGGGCUCCACCACUCCCCGAUGAUGGCUCCUCACCUCAAAUUCGGAAUGCUGGUGUCUUUCGCUCUGGCAACCGUUUUCCUAGCCGGCGCUAAAUACUAUUUUGAUAGACACCUGGUCCGCGGGUCUCCGUCCGAGGGUAGCGGCGAGGCUGGCGUGGUGUGUGCGGCGGUGGCGUGUGUGUGUGGUGUGGGCUGUGCGCUGUCCCUGUGCCGAGGGCGCUCCGCCCCGCCGCCUGCGCCCCCCGAACGCGUGUCGUCCACCGCGCGCCGCCCUCUACCACGGACACCCACCCGAGCGCCCACACACAGAGAGGUGACGAUAUCCGAGCCCACUGAGGACAUCUCUCUGACAGUGAUAUCUCGUCCGGACCGCGAGAUGGCGGGUCCCAGCGCGUCGGGCGCCGCCUCGGCCGCCACCACGGGCGAGGCGCCGCCGCCGUACCACAUCGCCGUGCUACUGCCGGCGCCCUCGCCCCCGCCGCCAGCGUACCACGCACUCAGCUAGCGUGAGCUGCGCCCCGCCGCCGAGCUCAUCAUAUAAUGGUCGUGCGGCAGGGCGUCAGUGUCGCCGGUGUGGGUGUGAGCGACCUCUAGUGUGUUGAUCGUUCGGUGUUGUGUUGAUUCAAGAUGUGUUAUUCAGUCGUCUUACAUAGCUCGGCUUUCCGAUGAUAACAAGUGUUGCCUAAUUCGGUUCUUAAUGUUUUCCGUACUGUCAGUGGCUCGUCCACAGUUAAUAUAAGUAUAUGUGUAGUUAGUGUUGUCGGUGUGACGACGUUCAGUUUGAUACAUCGGCCUAAAUAUAUUAAAAUCGUAAAGGUUCUGUCAUUUUUAACGUUUAAAUAUUACGUUUUAAACAUUAUUUUUUCACGUGAUCUUACCAACGCUUCUCUGUACGCACAAAUAGAUUAUACAAUGUAUUUAUUUUUUAAAUAAUAGUCGCAAAGCUUUGAAUACCUUUGUGUUAAAUGUUCAGUGAAUUUAAAACUAUUAAAUAUAAAAAAAAGUUUUGUAUAAAAUAUAUGUAACAGUUAUAAAGCGUUGUGUACACAUGUUCGUUUAGAAAAAUAUUUUUAAAUUGAAUUAUAUUGUGAGAACAUGCUUUAUGUGUGUUUUAUAUAAUACAGUGUUAAGUCGCGCCUAAGACGUACUGAUAUGUAAUAACGAAUUUUAAAUGACCAUGGAGUGACCAGACGUUAGACUUGUAUAACGAUAGUGUGUCACUAGACUAAUGUCCGUCUAGAUUUAAACAUAGCGUCACCUCGUAAGGAGGAGCCGUGGAAUUAAUAGGGAAUGUAUAUUAUCUUUUGUUACUUUUAAUAUGUAAAUCUUCAUCCGUCAGCCGGUGUGUACAGUCGUCUGGAAGUUGAAGGCGUUCUAUGAAAUACAAGCUUACUAUUGAUCCAGCUGGUCUGAGACAAUAGCACGCUGUCAACAUUCAGUUCGCAACCAAUACAAAUAUUUUACCCAUAUUAAAUUUUAACUAUGUUCAUAUAUACAGUAGCUGGCUGUACAUAAAAGUUAAGACCGAUGUAGUAUUUUCUGUAACGAACGCAUUAUUUGUAACAUUCCAUUGAUAAUUGUAACUGAUAUAAAAAACUAUAAUACUUUAUGACAUUAUAUUUUUGUCUCUUUAAGUAUAGUUAUUUAUGUCAUUAGAUAGACAAUUUAUAUGUGCAGUGUAAGCUAUGUAUGGGAAUUCUUAGGACGGCGAUUGAGUAAAGAGAUUUGUUUAGUAAGAGGAGAGAAUAUAUAAUAAUAAUUAAGUACAUACUUUAAUUAAAUGAGAACAUGUAUCAUAAUGUAGUGAUGGGUCAUUUCAUGUUGGUCGUCUCUUACUCGGACAGUAUUUAAACUGUCUCAUUGUAUGUCGUUUAUAUCUUGAGGUGUGGUGGGAUCUUAAUUGAAUGUAUAAAAAUAUUCUUAUAGUAUUGUACCAUGCUCGGUGUCUGAUCACUCGUUUCCUUCACAUUUGUUUUAGCUUCAUUAAAAUUUUUCUCUAGUGACGUCAAACACUUGUGAUCCCUUUUUCAUCUAUUGAUUGUGAGCUACUAGUUGUGUUAGUUAAAACAAAAUGGCGAUUCUAUAUUUUAUCUAUUAUACAUGGGGGAGGGACAGUUGUCGUUGGUAAGAAAUGUUUUGGACCCUUUAAUUCUACACCCAUCUUAAUAAUUCUUCUUUAAAGAGUUACCUCAGCCUUAUUUUUUUACUAGUCUUGUCACCCAGUCACGGAUUUGUUGACUUUACAGGCGACUGACAAGUGACUUAUAUUUUUUAAAUACCGUGUUUCUUAUUCCUACAGCCGUUGGCUUCUUUUGGUCUAGGCCAAUCAUAUUAUCAGCGCCGAGCACUCUGAUAUUCUCUUUGGAGAGAUUUCCUCCUAUAUAAUUCUCUCCAAAUUCCAAUGUUUAUCAACUUGUAGAAGAUUUCGGAUUCAUCUGCUUUAAAAAUAUGAGAAAGUGAUGUCUAUGGAGCAAAAAUAAAUAGUUAUGUAUUGUUUCUCAAUUGAGGGAGGUCGCUAGGACAUAAGAGGUGUCUCAACACCAGGAUAGUAAUGUGAACCAAACAGACGUUAGGAAAUUCUCAGAUUUUAAGAGUUUCUCGUUACAUAUAAGUUCGCUGUAUAUAUGUGAAUAGUCAUGCGAGUGUUGGUGUUCAAAUACCUAGGACGUAAUGUAAAAAUGAAUGUAACUUUAUUUACUGUUUUAGAUGUGUAACAUAAUGCUUCAAUAUUUUUGGAAAAUAAGGAAACGUUCGGGUAGAGACAGCUAGUUGUAUUACCAGCAGGAAAUAGACAGGACACACGAGGUGGGACAGAGGCUGAAGAAAAGAUUGAACAGGGAUUGGAGCUUCCAGCGGCCGGGUGAUUGAUGAUGAAUGUCCGUUCACGGAGACACUUUUCUGUCGGACUAUUUCAUUUUAACUACGAUUUUUUUUAUAAUUAUAUUAGAUAAUGUAUUUUUUUAGGAACAUUGUUUCGUGUAUAGUCUAGUGAUCAGAUUUAGUACAAUACGUGAUGCUUUAAUAUUGUGUUAGUGUAAACCUGAUCUCGUCCGGGGCCUCGCCGCAGGGGUCCGACCUCCGGAUAUCGUAUGUGUCGGUGUGGUGUUUGUAUGGACGCGAUGUCUUUAUUUUGCAUUUAUAGACAAUGUUAUUUUUGUAUGUACCGCUGUAGAGGGCGCUGCGUUUGUAACUGACGCUUUAAUAAACUAAUGUAAAUGUCA